AUUCUCUCCGCGCGCAAAAUCAAAACAGAAAAUACGAAACGCCUCAUAAAAUAACAAGGCCCGAUAAAGUGGAGAACAAAGUGUGAACUAACCUCUAGCAUGACAUCCGCGAAGGAACUCUUGGAAACCCUACGGUCCUUUUGAACCCCAAAAAGUCCUCAGAAAAAGGAUUCUCUUGGCCCGCUUGUCUUCUUCGGUCGAUUUCGGAGUUGACGCGAUGUGGCUCGCGAGAAGCGUGUGCGCUCUGUCCCUGGCGAUGCUGUUCCACGGUGGGGCCAGCGUCCGCCUGCUGGAGAUCCAGGUCCCGUCGAUGGUGCAGGCGGGGGCGACGGUUCACCUGGUGUGCCGCUACGACUUGGAGGGGGCUUCCCUGUACUCGCUCAACUGGUGGCGCGGGUCGCAGCAGUUCUACCAGUUCAGCCCCAACACCCCACGGCCCAUUACGGUGUACGACUCGCCCGGCAUCAACGUCGACACUGAGCUGUCCGGCCGAGACGUGGUGGUCCUGAGGAACGUCACCCACACCACUGCCGGACGAUUCAAGUGCGAGGUGCUGGCCGACUACCCGAGCUUCGAGAAGGACUCCGAGUUCACGCACAUGGAGGUCAUAGACGUGCCCUCCCGCCCCCCCGUGCUGGUGUUGGAUCGCCUCCAGUGGUCGCCCGGAGAGACGCUGGAGGCCAACUGCACCUCCCCGGGGGCCCGCCCGCCGCCCCAGCUCCACUGGUACAUCAACGGGGACAAGAUUCACCCCAAAUACUACCGCAAAGUCACCCACGAGAGCCUGAACUACCUCGUGGGCGGCAUUGGCAACGUGAUGGACCGAGCCGUAAGUGACGUGACGCACACUUCACUGCUCAAGAUGAAGCUGACGGGGAAUCACUUCAGCCACAGCGGUCAGGCCACGCUCAUCUGCUCUGCGUCCCUCCCUGAGCUGUAUCACAGAUCCGCCGAAGUGUCCCUGUCGCUCCCAGGGUUCCGUGCAGCCGCUCCAUCUCAGAAACUCUACGGGUCCGCACGCCGGCCUGGAGGGGAUCUCUUGUCUCUAGUGUGUAGCAUCGCCGUCUUGGUGUUGCUGGUGUUGUAGUGUCAUUCCACCGUUGAGCAGGAGAGUGGCAUGAGGAGUGAGCGUGUGUAUCGGAGGCUGGUACAUGUGAGACCUUGUGAGUCUAUUUAAAGAGUUCUGUGUAUAUAGGUGUAUAGAGAUUUAAUGGUAUAUAGGCCCCAUUGCAGUGUGUUUGGAGGCUUUCUAGUUUUUUCUUUUGUGAAUGUGUUGUAACUUUAUCACACUUUUAUCUAGCUUAAGUUAUCAGUUUCAUCUAUAUUAUGGUAUGCGUAAGAUGAUAUACAAUAUAUGUAGAGAAAGGCUCCCCAAGAUCCUUGAUGUUUGAACGUGAGUUUAUAAUGUUAAGAGGUAUAUUAUACAUGGACGAGGUAUUUGCUGUGUAACCAAGAUAGACGUCGGAAACUCCUGCGAAAUUCGGCCUUGAUUAUUCAUUUGUUUUAUCUCUCUCUCAUUCUGCAAUUUAUACAAAGUGAUAUUAAUUUCAGGGGAUAGCACACUGUUGAUAACACACAAUUUCUAUAAUGUAUCAGACAAGAAACACAUUUUUUUCUGUUUUAUCAAACAUGAUAUGAAAGAUGUAGUUGAUGUGGAGAAUAUUUAGAUAAGCCUUCAGGUAGCAUUCGCGGUACAAUUCAGAUAUAAAUAAUUUUUAAUGCAAACCAUUUCAGUUAACCUAAUUGAUAUUACAAAAAGAACAAUAUAUGACCCAAAGCAAGCAGAAACAAAGAAAGAUAUAAUGAUAAGAAUAUAAAAAAUAGAAAAUAUGAAAAAAUGAGAAAAUAAAACUAAAAGCGGACAUUGUCACCACUAUAGGGAAGUAUUUUCAAGUGACCUUUUCCUUCUGAAAAGUUGACAGCUCGAGUCUUCAACACUGGUACUUUAUGUGAGCCAGUGUACUUUAAAUUCGAAGAAUGGAGGCGUAAAACAAAGCUUCCGACAUCACGACACAUUCUGUUUCUGGAAGGUUUGUGCCGGCAGGAUGGUGCUGAUGACGGACGCCGGUAAUGAAAGCGAAAGGGGCAUGAAACAUUGAUUGAGAAAGGAAGAGGCGGAGUGCGAGGGAAGUGGA